AUGUCGGCAGUGGACUUCACGUGUGUAGUGAAUGCAGUUUUAUACUCAUUUUCCGAGUCCGCUGGGACUUAUGACGAGUAUGGGCCGGUGAGCUGCGCGCUCAUAGGAAGCAAGGCGAACGAUAUAACUUUCAAGCUUGCUUGUUAUCGUGACAACAAAUACAUCUGUACUGCGACUGUGUUGCCGAGCAAUGAUGCGGGCGCUCAUAUUGCUCGUGACGGCGCGUACAUCACAUUUCGUGAUGAGAAAAGCCAUUACUGGUCUUUGCAGUUUGCCGCAGAGGAUGCCGCCAUUGAGUUCUGUGCGCAGGUUGUGGUCGCUAUGUUUGGCUCGGCCGGUGAACCGACGGAUAGUAUUCUUUCCUGUGAUGUUGUCAAAGGCAAAGAGAACAAGCAGAUCUUUGUCGGCAAUCUCGUCAAGGCCUUCUACCGUGCAUGGGUGGUGCAGUCUAACGACUCUAGCGACGGACUACCGCGUCUUGGCAGCUUGCUCGAGAAAGAGAGCGAGGAUGUUGUUAAGUUCACAGCACCGGCCAGUCAUCAAUGUGUGACGUCAACUAUGCGAGGCUUCGAGGGAUUGACGGUCGGUAUGAGAGAAGGUGGACAGCGUCUCAUUGUGGUCCCUGUCAGGGCAAAGCGCGGGCGCGGCCCGAACGUCAAUAUGUGCUUUUAUGUUGAAAUUGUUCGCCGAAAGGAUCAGCAAUCCUCGUUAAGAUACCAGUCUCACAGAGGCGCCAAUGAGAAAAGUCAGUUGCUUUUGACAGAAGGUGAUGGUGGGAUAGCUACAGGUUCGCUGGCGCAGCCUCUUGGCGCUUACUCCGGCUUCGUAGAUGGACACUCGGCGACGGUGGCAAGCGGCUUCAGCAAGGAGCAGUUUUUGCUGGUGGACAGGCUGCGUGAUCAGGUGUUUACUCUCACCGAGCAGCUGCGUGACACCCGGCGCGAGCUGGACAGCCUUUGUGCUGACCUGAAACGUCAGGAGCGCCACUCUGGAACACGGAGCUUGACAAGCGCACAAAUUGAGUACUCCAUUGAGCACCUUCUUGCCGAGAGCGAGGCCAAGAAAAACGCAUUGGAAGACAAGAGAGCGGUCAUUGGCGAAACAGAGUCACGAAAUCGAGAGUUGGAGUCUCGGCUCGCCAAAUUUCUUCAGACGACGAAAAUUUUGGGCGAGGAGGCGAAGGCAGCUCUUGAUGACAGUGCCGGUGAGCGCAUUGAACUAGAUCGGCAGCUUGCUGACACACAGGCGAGUAUUGUUCGACUCGAUGGUGAGGUGGGCGACUUGAGCCGACAUCUCCACGCACUCAAUAAUGUUCUUCGCGCGAAUGAUGUACGCUUGAAGGAGGAGAGGGUACGCCUGAACGUCUCUGUCAACGACCACGAGGUUAACGAGGAGAAGCUGCGGACGCUCCAGGAGAACUACAGUGAAGAGGUAGCCAGGCGCAAGCUACUGGAGUCAAAGUUGGUAUCCCUGCAGGAGGAGCUGCGCCGUUUUCAGGACGAUGUGCAGCUCAAGGAGUCACUGACGCAGCAGAUCAGAGCAAAGACGGAGAGCGAUAGCGUGCACUACGCUCAACUUAUCCAGCAGGAGCGAGAGCAGGCGGCGAUUGAGUUACGGCAGCUCAAACAGGACCUCAUUGAGGAGUUGGCCUCGCGUGAUCGGCAGUAUGGAGAAGCAAAGGAGAGGGUUGCGGCGGAAGCCUACGAGCAAGGCAUGGCACAGGGCGUGGAGGAGGGUCUUGCGGACGCUGCCAACGAAGGCGAUGCGAUUGCGCACGACAUGGCGGUGAACGCGCAGCGAUGCAAAGCGGAGUCAGCGGCGUUGCAGGUGCGUGCGCAGGCGAACUGGGCCGCGAGCGAGGCAGAUGAGCGCAAUUUCACCUCUCAGAUAGAGUCACUCCAAGCUUCGUUGACAGGAGCUCUUCAUGACAUCAACAUCCUCUCGACCCAGCUUGAAGCGGCGCAAGAGGAGCACGCUGUCAAGGUUGGUGGGGUGUAUCAGCGUCUUUCUCGCCUCAUUCACUUCUGCGGUGCUGCACCAAUCAGCCAGCCGUGCCUGGAGGCAAUGAUGCGGGCUGCUGAGUCUGGGGCAGAGUUUGAUCCCUUCAGCUUCCAGAAGCUGGAGGCCGCAAAGGAAGCGCAGCUGGCGCGAGACGAGCGUGUGGCUGUUGCAGCAUGGGUACGAGCAAGCGUGUACAAUGAACCCACUCGCAUGCCACCGCUCCGUCCACCGUUCCCCUAUUCCACGUCGAGCAAAGGUCCUUUGCUUUCCCCGGAGACAAUGGGAACCAAGGUAUUACUGAGCCCAGCAGUGCACCAUCGCCUGCCUGUUUCGACGGAGAUGGCUACCUCGAUCACGACAGCAACGCCAGUGCUGAUGGAGUCAACAACUCCGGUAGCACCUGGGGUGGUAGAAGCCGACAUUCCAGAGCCGUCGGCCGCGUUGCCGCCGCCUCUGGUAGUCCCCGCCUCACCCCCAGCGGUGGCAGUGACUCAGCACAGUGAGCCUCAGGACACGGCAGCGAUCCAAAAGGCGCCACAACGGCAGCGCGUUCAGUUUCCCUCGACGAAAAUACGAUACUUAAGUGACGGCGGCGCAGCUGGGGUAAUGACGACUCCUACGCAUCAGCAGCCACCAUCUCUGUAA